GGCGUCCAGAAGAUGCAUGUAACAUUGACAUCCUUAGACCUUAGCCAUAAUAUAUGCAGCCUAUCAGGAAAGUGGUAGGUAAUUUUAAUGUGCCUAUAUAUACAAGCCGAUUUCAAAUAUAUUAACCACAACAAUUCCGAGUCAAGACACUGCAGCAAGAUAAAUAUGGAACAAAAAUCGAAUUCUCCCGUGAAAAGAGCAUCAAGAUCUCCUCACGUCAAACCUCCCUUCACUCUAAGCGAUGUUAAGAAAGCAGUUCCGCCUCAUUGCUUUGAGCGUUCGGCUAUUCGCUCUUUGUCAUACCUUGUCUUCGAUGUCAUCAUCUUAUUCUCUCUUUACCACAUCGCCGCAAACUAUAUCUUAACCUCUGAAUUGGUUCAGUCUUCUAAAUUAUAUCUUGUUACAGCCGGGAUUAUAUAUUCGGUGCUUCAAGGUCUGAUUCUAGCCCGAUUUUGGGUCAUAGGUCAUGAAUGCGGACACAACGCUUUCAGUGAGUACCAAUGGCUCGACGACACAGUGGGAUUCAUCACCCACUCUGUCGUCCUGUUUCCUUACUUUUCAUUCAAGUACAGCCACCAUCGCCACCACUCGAGAACCGGAUCCCUAGAAGAAGAGGAAUUUGAUGUCCCGCUGCUUAAGUCUCAAGUUUCAUUCAUCUUUAAAUACCUCAAAAAUCCAGUAGCAAGAGUAUUGGUUAUUGCCUUGGUUUUAGUUGUUGCGGUGCCUCUAUACUUGCUUGUCAACUUCCGUGGUCGCACUUACGAUCGAUUUGCCUCACAUUUUGAUCCAUACAGUCCAAUGUUUUCACGAAAACAACGCGCGCAAGUCUUGCUUUCCGAUGCUGGAUGUUUUGCCGUGAUCUAUGCAGUUUACAAACUUGCUAUGUUAAAAGGGUUCGCAUCGGCCGCUUUCAUCUACGGAGGACCAUACCUUUUCACAAACGCCAUGCUUAUCAUAGUGGCCGUACUUCAACACACGAACCCUCUGGUACCUUACUAUGAUCACUCCGAGUGGGAAUGGCUAAAGGGAUCCAUGGCUACCAUUGAUAGAGAUUUCGGAAUUCUCAACACGGUGUUUCAUCAGCAACCGAAUACUCACGUAGCGCACCAUCUCUUCCCCAAAAUGCCACAUUACCAUGCAGUGGAAGCCACCAAAGCAUUUAAGCCAAUAUUGGGGGACUACUAUCAGUAUGAUUUUACCCCAUUCUAUAAGUCACUGUGGACUACUCUUAAUGAUUGCGUCUACGUCGAGGAAGAUGAGAAGAACAAAGGAGUAUACUGGUAUAACAAUAAGUUUUGAGCGUCAGGCACUGUGUGAGCUAUUUGACUAAACAAAAUAGCGGUUAAAAUUUUACUUCCCGGGAGUUUGUAAUGCUUUUACUUGGUUUCGAUCAUGUUUUUAAUUUACUCGCGUUGUACUAUGACUGCAGUUAUAAAAUUUGGUGAUGUGAAUUCUUCCAAACCAAACAAA